AUGGCCGAAAACGAGGACUUUGAUCUCCAUCGGGAGAUCAAGCGCCGUAGGCGACGCGCUUCUACGACUGGCACUACGCAUACGUCGCCUCGCGAGCUAGGCAUUAUGCGCAAGGAUGAUACAUCCGUCAGUUUUCUUGGCAGCUCCAGUGGCAUUCACUUCGUCCGCACCGUCUAUCACGCUUUUGCACGUCGCUUCACAGACUUGCGACGGGCAAGAGACGGCCACAAAUCCCUCGUUCCUGGCGAAGACGACCACAUAGAGGGUGGCCAGGGGAAAACUCACACUGCCCUGUGGAACAAACAGAAUCUCGAUCCAACCAAUUCACCUCUCUCAUUUGAGGCCUUGGUGCAAUUGACGCAGCAUUAUUUUGAAGAUUGGCAUCCCAUCUACCCUUUCAUCAAUGCGCCUCGUAUUCUCCAUGCCAUGGAGCAGGCCUGCCAGAAGGGCCUUGGAUCGAUCAGUCGGAUGGAUGCAAUUGUUGUUCGAUCUAUUGUUUCCAUCUCUGCCAUUGAAAACCAACUGGGUCCGCCACUACCUGCUAUCCCGGUGGGCUUGGUAUAUCAGACAGUUCAUGAGGCUAUGAGAAAUCUAUGGGAAUUGCAAGAUGCAUCGUCCUCUAUCCCUUUACUACAAGCUGCCUUCAGUAUCCAGCUGUUCUUAACUUCUAUCCUACACUUAAAUGCUGCUUCUCGAGUCGGAGGAUUUGUGACCCGCAUGGCAUUCCACCUUGGUUUGCACCGCUGUCCGGCACGAUAUUCUUGUUUCACUGAUGAAGACGUCAUGAUGCGCUGUCGUCUUUUUUGGUCGAUCUAUUGUCUGGAACGAUAUCUCAACCAAGCACUCGGAGUGCCGCUCAGUAUUCGUGAUGACGAUUUCGACGUUUGCUAUCCCCAGACGGAAAGACAUAUAAGAGGCGGAGAGAUCCCUCGUUUUGAUGUAGGAAGUAGCCGCCUCAGGCUUUUGAGCCACUUAGCAAAGUUUGCGCGAUUACGAGGGAUGAUUUCGGAGUUACGGAAUAAAUCGGUCAUGCAUAGCCAAGAAAACUUGGCAGAUGCGGCCGAGGUGGACAGUGUACUUCUGCAAUGGUGGAACGAAGUAUACGAUGAUGUAUACCAAAUCGAUUUUGACUCGCAUUCGGCUCUUCAGCCUUAUCAUGCGCUGCUGUUGAUCGUAUCGAGGCACGAGGCUAUCAUUGCGUUGUACCGUCCGCUACUCGCGGCGCAUAGUCUCAUCGCUGCAGACUACAAGACAGCUAUCCAGACCUGUAUCAAUUCUGCGAGGUCCUUGCUAGUCGCACUCUACGACUAUAUAAACCCUAGUUUGAAUAUAAAUCGUCGUUCUGUCGGAAUACAUUCUACGCAGCGACGUGCUCCCCUUACGUCACCGUCAUUUACAUCAGCCGUAUGGAUGUCGUGCAUGAUUCUCAUAUAUGCCGCCUGGACCGGUUACUUUACCAACAACGGCGCUUUACGAUAUGCUCGCAUUGGCAUUUCUGUACUUCGCAACCUUGCCUUGAGAGAACGUGAUUGGCCACAGACAUGCAUCGAGGCUAUAGAGGAUCUUUGCUCCGCCAUGGAGGGGAACCCACAUAAUGACUUGACCCCAUCGGUCAGGCAAGACGCUCACUUAGCGAACAAUACACCAUCCGGUGACAAUGGCACAUACUUACACGCAUCCACGCCGCUUUCGCAUCAAGACCCGCGACUAGGACUCCCGGAUCGUCAUCAAGAUCCGCUCCUAGAGUCAAAUAAACACUCUACCCCCCAUCGAGAGCGAUGUUCUCCGUCCCCUAUAGAUCGGCCGAGAGACUCGAUCGGUGGCUAUCGGGAGAACCUCGCGAACCCCCCAUACAACAGUACCCCUUUGGGCGCUGGAAGGAACGAUUCUUACAAUCCAGCAAGCAUGGUGUUCGGGGACCUAACGGGAAACGGGCUUUCCUAUGAUAUGAUCCCUGACCAUCUCUCUUUCUCAAACUCGAAGGGGCUUUCGAUGAACGAAGGCUGGACUGUAGCCGAUGCGCCAUGGCUCAUCCAUGGCGACUUCGGCAUUUUAUGA